AUGACUAGUGGCCUGGCACCGCUGCUAGUGUUGGUGUGCGCGUUGGUGACGCGCAGUGGUGGGGAGGCGACCUCGGCCUCAUCGGCAAUUAGCCUCCCGAUCGACGAGGACCGCGAGGAGUUGGUGCUCGGAUACCUCACAGGAUCCCAGCGACAGGAAGGCGACACAGUCUACGCGCGACCGGGUCUCACCAUAUCAGGCGCAAUCAGCCUGGCCGUAGACGAGGUCAAUAGAGGCCUACUGGCCGCCAGUGGAUACCGGCUGAGCUUCGUGGUGGCCGAGACAUACGGCAGCGAGGAGGUGAGCAUACGGCAGACGGCGUCGCUGUGGGUGCAGAACGUGUCAGCGCUUAUCGGGCCUCAGGAGACGUGUGUGCAUGAGGGACGUAUGGCGGCUGCUUUCAACCUGCCUAUGAUAUCUUAU